CCCAAGUACGUUAAUUGUAACAUCAGAGGUGGAGUAAAGUACGUCGUUCUCUUCGCAAAUGUUGGAAAGAACAAAAGAAACGAAGUUUUUAUUAGCAAGCUGGGGCAUCCAGGCAAUCACUGGACAUUACUAUACGUUGACUUGACGGUCAACAAAUGGUAUUAUAUUGAUACCUUUUGUUGGGGGAUGCACGAAAAUUUAAAGAACGCAGUUUCCCCUUUUGUUUCAGUCAUCUACCAACAAGGCGGUAUGGCACUCAAGCCCGUCAGCGGCAUCGUGCCAGCGCACAUUGAAAGUUUUGGCCUAAGUCAUUCCUGCUCUAAAACUUGCCUAAACAACAUCCCAGUUCAAACCUGUGGCAAUAUCUGUGGGGUCGCUGCAGCAGUACUUGCAGGAAUCGCUUGUGCUGCCCCUUGGCCGUGGAGAAACGUAUUCCUCAACAGGAAUACCGUUGCUGAAACCUACUGUUCACUCCGACUUUAUAAGAUGCUCUAUCAUUUCUUGGCUUUUAACCGACUCAAUCGAUCUUUCUACUCUUGGAAUAACGAGAGAGCAGGUGGAACCCCGACUGCGAGAUCACGAUUUCCCUUCCCGUCGCCGAUUCCUUGGCAAGGUGACCAUUUCAGACGAUGGUCAUGUGGACGAAAACGAGAAAAAUGUCAAGGACAACAAAGGAGAAUCACCGUCAGGGGAUUCCAGUUCUAAGGAUGACGCCAGCAGAAUGUAG